CUAUUCGCUGAAAAUGCUCCCUUGACCCGAUCAUCAGAAAACAACACUGCGGACCACCGAGUAACAGACGUUAGACGAGGUCUGUUUUCUAUAGAUGAGUUCCGUUAUUUGAAUGUGCCUCGAGUUGGAAUAUUCUCAGUGCACGACGACUUGGAGUGUACCAUGAGAUGCCUUCAACAUCCUUCUUGUAUUUCUGUUAACUUGGCCCUCGAAAUAAGACUGUGGUGUGAGUUAUUGUCAUCUGAUAAGUACAGCAACCCCAAGGAAUUCAGACAAAACGAAAGCUCAUAUCACUAUCACAUCGUGGUAAGGACUCUCUUCUGUCUUUUUUCAUAUUUUAAAGUAGCCUGUCCGGGGAAACACUUUAUAAGAUAUUAAUUGCAGCCAUAAUUAAGGAAGCGGCAUCCAAGAUGAAUGAUCAGUAACUUCUUUUGGGAUUAAAAUAAUUACCCGUGCCUUCUUCCGGAGUGAACGUUCGUCUUCCUUCAAGACUGAAUGAGUUGUGCUUUUUCCGAUUAUCAUUUCACUCGCUCUCUCGUUAAUUCGCUUACUUCUCUAUUCACUCAUUUCAUUUGUUCAUCCCUUCAUAUUCUUAGGUGUGCCAACCACGACCUAACUCCAACGAAAAACAAUCUUUGCAUCCAAUAGCUAUUGUAUAAGUUUCUCUUAAGUGAAUAUUGCAAAAGCAGUUCAUGUGUGACUUUUCAACACCCUUCCAUAGUACGCUGUUUGAGCUAAGUCGUGUCAUACUGAGCGUGAAAGUUCUUUUUUUAUCUUUCUCUUUCUUCGCAAGAACAUGUGUGCUGACAAUCCUUGCGCGAACAACGCCACUUGUCGAAGCAGUUUUACAGACAAACUUUAUCAGUGUCUAUGUCCUGCCGGAUACAAAGGUCCGAGGUGCCAAACA